UGCAUGUCCCCGAGGAUACAGUGCCAUUGUUUUGUCACCAAAUUAGAUCCGGGAAAUUUCUCUGGAAAAAAAAAAUGAAGCUUGGAAUACCUAUAAUUAUCUAUUGUUAUCGAAGCAAUUUGGUAUUGGCAGAAAUGACACUAUGUAAACAGAGUCAUUUCGGUAUACAAGUAAAAGAAGCAUACAGAAUGUUGUAAGCCAGCACGGCGGGGUUAUCUUUAGUGGUUCCCACGGAAAAAAAAAACUAAGAUAAUUGAAUUUUCAAUUACUACGAAGUUUUAUGGAACAGUUUCCUUUUUUUUACGAACGUUGAGUUUUUCUUAGAAUCUGUGAGAAAUCUGUUAUACGAGAAGGCAAAUGUUCAAUUGGACUGGGAAGUAAAUCCGUGUGCGAAAGAGGAGUAUUAGAACCACACUUGAUUUGCUUCAAGUAAUUAAAGGGGAUGUGGCAGAUAUCGGCCGCUGAGCGAACCAAGCAAUAACUGUUUUUAAAGGGAUCUACUUGGAUCAAUUAUAGCUCUUACUUACGAGCUAAAGGAAGCGGACAAAGCCCCUGGCAUUUCAAACAGCGAAGAUGGUGUUUGUGUUUUCGACUGUUUUUAAGGCGAUUCUAACAAGACUGAUUUUUGCUUCUCAUGCUAUGGUGGCGAUCUUUUGGGUGACUUUGGUAACGAAACAAGAAAGUUUGUGGCAUUUAUCCUGGAUUCUCGUUGGGCUUUUCGUAGAGACGUUAGUGUGUUUGUUCUAUAGGCACGGCGACGAGUACAAAUGGGUGUCACCUAGCAUCCUGUGCUACCUUAUUGCCAUCAUCCCGUGCGCUUGGAUAAUCGAGCUUCAUCUGCUUCCUGUGCGUUCUGCAAAUGUGGGGAACGGCACAGCGACACCGCCUACUCAGGUGUCAAGCAUAUUACCUGGCGUGGAUGGGGAAGUCUUGACCGACCUCAUCGAGCAGACCACCUUACUAAUGAUGAUACUUGGCCGCUGGCUGCUCCCAAAGGGAUCGCUGACUCGCGAGUCACUAAGCCAGCUGCUAUUGGUCAAUCUGGCCAUGAGUGCCGACAUCAUCGAGUUCUUUGACAUUCUAAAGUUAAAAGAAGCUCAGCAAUCACAUGAUGUGACGCUUGCAAUCUUGUGCCUAUGGACUAUCAGUCUUAUGCAGUUUCCUGUGAAUGCUACAGCUAAAUUAGGGAGCGAGGAAGCGAAUAAUUCUUCACCGUCUUUAGGCCAACCACUAGCCGUUCCGCCAUUUCAGACGCCUAGAAAACUGUCCGUUCCGAAUUAUAUUCAACGCCACGGUCGUAAGACGUCAAGGGUCUCGGUCGAUCUAUCAAUCAAACAAGCCCCCCUUAGUGACCGCAAGCUGUCAAUCAUAGCUCCCAACCAACGGAGGCCUUCACAGCUCUACACUGAGGACCUAGAGACGGGAGAUGUCUUGGCCUAUCUUCCAGCAACAAGUGAGAGGGCACGAAACCAAAGCCACAGGAUGUCCCUAGCAACGGACAGAAUCAGGUUCCCGGAUGUGGAACCACGUGGCGUGAAACCGAGGAUGUCAGUUGAUGUCGGCAGCUUGAAAACCAAUCAAAUCCCACGACGUACGUCACGUGACUUGACCAGUAUUAGCAGGAAUUCUGAGUCAGACGUUGGCGGAUUUCUGAAAGGGAAUCCAAGAAGAUCGAGGGCUCACGGACGGGCGAUGUCCCUGGACAUUGAUGAUGAGGCAGGUACAGAGGAGACGGCCCCGAAGCACCGGGUCACAAUGGACCUUAUUGGGACCGUCAUGGCCCUUUUCAUGCAGGACGGGCCCUUUUUGACAUUUCGACUGUUCAUGAUCGCAAAAUACAGCGCGUUCGGCUACAUGAUCGUGUUUCUGACCGUGAAGAAUGCGUUACUCUUGACCUUACAGGUGUACAAGCUAUGCGUCAUGCAUUGUGUGUGUUGGGACCACAAGGAUAACGAUUUCUCGCCAGAAAAUCACGUGGACGCCACGUCUAGGCUUAACAACGUGCAAAUAGCCGUGGUGCACGAAGAGACUGAGGCGAGCUCAUCCGGUGAUCGGAAUUCAAGGCGCAUGCGCUCACGGUAUGACCGCUUGAGUGUGCGCUGGACAAAAACAAAUGCCAACAUACAGGGACCCUUGUUUUAUUCACGAGCGUUUACAAACAACAAAGCACUAGAAAAAGACACGAGAUUUUAAAACGAAAAAACCGAGAUAUACUAUUUAAUAUAUAGUAUUUAUAGCACGAAAGAGACACGAGGUGUACGUAAUAAAUACGAGAAGUAAUAUGAACAGGCGAAAGUGUAGAUAUGGUAGAGAAAGUCGUAUACAUAGAAAACACACAGAAACACGAAAUAUUGAAAUGACAAGACGAAUAUGUGGGACACACAUGGAGACACGAGAUAAUAAUAAAGUAUGUAGAGAUGUAGAUAUUUAGAAAUAUCUAGAAAAUGGAUAAAAAGUUUUUUUAUAAUUCAGUUUCACAGAGCGAUUAGUGAAGCUGCUCAGGGGGAGGAGAUUGUUGUUUCCGGGUUUUUUUUUUGCACAGAAGCCAUUUUGAAGAAGAAUACUGAGUCCUCACUUAUAAAAUGGCUGUUUUUUGUGUUUGUGAUUGUUGAGCAUUUUUGUCUGUAUUUUAGUUUUGUGGCAUUUUUUCUUGACGAGAGCAUCUAGAAUUUGUUAAAGAAAUGUAAGUUUGGACAAGGAUGCCAACACAAGUAGUGAACUUACAAA